UAUGACUGAACUAAGAUUAAUAAAAACUGAACGAACGGCAGUUCUGUCAAAAUAUGAAAAGUAAUUAGGUUCUUGGUGAAUAACUAUUUGAAUAUUUCUCAAGUGGUGAUGGUGAAUGAAAGCUCAUUUUAUUCAUAUUAAAUUCCAAUGACAUGACAAUUGAUGUAGAUUCCCGAAGAAGAAUGGUAGUCAAUAAAUUUAGCAAUCGACCCCCGUUCGAUCUCAAAAAUAGAGAAAUUCCAAUUACGAAAAAUGUGGAAACUCGCAAAAAAUCGUUCGAAAAUGUCAACAAAUCAUACAAGAGCAUCAUUCAGCAGCUGGAUGGAGAACUGCAAGAAACCAGAACCUGUCCAGACAAUAACAAAACUAAUAACAUCAUACCAAGAAUCAUCGAAAGCUUCAAGAGAGUCACCCCAACCAGACAAGUUGUUUUCCUGAAAAAUAGGAACAAUAACUUAUCUAGUAAGGAUUCUUCGCUGCAAACCCUUUACCGAAAUAAUCAAAACUUCGGAAAACAUAUUCCCAGGCACAAAAUCAUGAAGAACCUCUUACAAGACUUCGAAACCGGAACUGUUAUAGAAAACAAAAAUUCUAGUUGUGAUACCAUUCCUACGAAAGACACAAGUUGUGAUUAUUUGAGUAAAUCUGAGGGCUACAGUUUCAAUACAAAAGUGGACAAGACUACUAGUACCAGCGGACUACCUUGGCCAGUAGUUUUGCAAAACGGUGACAGAAUCCCGAUUAGAAUCAAUAAAUCACACAAAAGUAUAGUCAAGAGUAGGUCUAGAAUUCCACAAAGAAAAGAUGCCCGUAAAAAGAUAGAACUAUCGAAAGGAGAUAUUGGAAAUGAAGGAAGUAAACCGUCUGUUAGUAGUUCUGGUGUCGAAUAUGCUCCUAUCAAGGAUAUCCCAGAAUGUUUGCACGAAAAACAAACAGACAGCAAACAAAUGAACCGGCAUCUCUGUGUAAGAGAAAAUACAUACGUUCUUAACGAAAUUAGGGACGAACAAAAAACUGUAAGAAACAAAGAAAGGAGUUUCGUGCAGGAUCAAGUAGAAAUGUUUAAUAAUCUAACUUCCACGCCGGGACCGAGAAGAAAAAAACUAACACGAGACCGAGAGUCGGAAAUAAUGAAUUCCAAUAUGAAUAAAAAUUACCUGGGUAUGAUGACAUCUGUGAAGAAACAUUUUCCGAAACUGAAGCCUGAGCCAACUUCAACUG